AUGGAGCCUGCUCAGCUGGAAUAUAUGAGGCUACGCAAGUCAGACAGCGCAGGCUUCAUGGCUCUCACUAUUAACACGUCCACAGAGCAGAAAAAACUCACACAGACUCCUCUGCUCAAGAUCUGGGUGCCAUGGAUGGGCUGCAACUUGAACCGCAGGAGAGGAUCCUCUGUGCCUCAGUUCUGUAACUCUCCUACAAUGAUUGUGAUGGUGGGAUUGCCAGCCAGAGGGAAGACGUUCAUCUCCAAGAAGCUCACUCGCUACCUGAAUUGGAUCGGAGUGCCGACAAAAAUGUUUAACGUGGGCCAGUACCGCAGGGAGGCUGUCAAGAUCUAUAAGAACUUUGAGUUCUUUAAACCGGAUAAUGAAGAGGCCAUGAGGAUCCGCAAGGCCUGUGCAGCAGCCGCCCUCAAAGACGUAGCUGCCUACUUCACAAAAGAACAGGGACAAGUAGCUGUAUUUGAUGCUACCAACACCACCAAGGAGAGGAGGGCAAUCAUUAUUAAUUUUGCGAAGGAGAGGGGCUACAAAGUGUUCUUUGUUGAAUCAAUCUGUGAUGACCCAGGAAUCAUUGCAGAGAAUAUUAAGCAAGUAAAAUUUGGUAGCCCAGAUUAUGUGGAUCGUGACAUAGAUGAGGCCAUGGAAGACUUCCUGCAGCGCAUUGAGUGUUACAAGGCUAGCUACAUGCCUAUAGACGAUGACAAGGACAGGCAACUCUCCUACAUCAAGAUCUUCGAUGUGGGCAGUAGAUACCUUGUGAACCGGGUCCAGGACCACAUUCAAAGCAGGAUAGUCUACUAUCUGAUGAACAUCCAUGUUACACCGAGAUCAAUCUAUCUGAGCCGCCAUGGAGAGAGCGAACUCAACCUUUUAGGUCGCAUUGGUGGAGAUUCAGGCCUCUCCCUUAGAGGACAGAAGUAUGCCAAUGCCUUGGCGGCCUUCAUCAAAGGUCAGAAUAUCAGUGACCUGAAGGUGUGGACGAGCCACAUGAAGAGGACCAUCCAGACUGCAGAAGCUGUGGGAGUCCAGUAUGAACAGUGGAAGGCCCUCAACGAGAUAGACGCUGGCGUAUGUGAGGAGCUAACCUAUGAGGAGAUUCAGGAGAAUUUCCCAGAAGAAUUUGCACUGAGGGAUCAGGACAAGUAUCGUUAUCGUUACCCCAAGGGUGAGUCCUAUGAGGACCUUGUCCAUCGCCUAGAGCCCGUGAUCAUGGAGCUGGAAAGGCAGGAAAAUGUUCUGGUAGUCUGCCACCAAGCUGUAAUGCGCUGCCUGCUGGCCUACUUUCUAGACAAACCUGCAGAUGAGUUGCCUUAUCUUAGAUGCCCCCUCCACACAGUGCUCAAACUCACACCAAUAGCCUAUGGGUGUAAAGUUGAGCCAUUUUUCCUCAAUAUCGAAGCAGUCAACACCCACAGAGAGAGGCCAGUGAACGUCGACAUCAACAGAAACCCAGAGGAUGCUCUGCUGACUGUUCCUGAACACAUAUAA